AUGGAUAAUUGCUACCAUCUUCUACUCUUUAGUUUGCUCUCUUUCUCAUUAGGAUGUGAGUCAUGGGGUUGGUUUUCAUCAUCAACAUCAUUUAGUAAAGAAGAAACUUUUCCCAACAAAGGCAGCACUACUAUAGGUUCUGUUGCUGAGUUCUCCAUGGAAGGCUUCCAUGACAGCAAAGGAGUGAAGUUGGUAGAGAAUGCUAAGAACAAAAUGGUUGACUCUAACUCAUGUUGGCUAAAUGCUUAUCAGCAUCUCUUUGCAGGGUGUUCUGAGAUUCUUGCUGACAAUGAGAAAAGGUCAAGACUUGCAUGGCAUCUUAGUGACUGCUUUCAAAGGGACUCUGGUAGAACACCCUUUGAGAAAUGUCAUCCAAAAUCUCCAAUGGCUAAAUGUCUAAGAAACUUGGAUGAUCUUGCUCAUAAGGUUUACCUUGAAUUUUACUUGGAAACAAAUUCCAUUUGUCAUCAGUUACAGGCUUAUGCAUUUAAGCAUGAAACUGAAAGGCUUGUGACAGAACUGAAAAGUUCAGCACAGUAUGUGGAGGAUAAGUUAGAUAGCAUGGAUGAAAAAUCAGAACGUCUUUUACAAAGUUCAAACCAAAUUCAUGAUUCCCUAAAUUCAAUAGAUGUAUAUACUCAACAAGUUGCUCACACUGCUAAAAGUUUGGAGAAUCAUGUAGAUAUUGUAUUGAGGCAUUCAGAAAGUGUUUAUGAGCAAACCAAGAAAAUUUCAGCAUCACAAUUACAAUUGAAGGAGGGACAAGAAGGUAUGAAGAGGAAUUUGGAAGAUGGGGUGGCAAUGAUCAAGGACUCUUACAUUCAUUUGGAGCAAGAAAUUGACAAGUUAAGGGAUGAUGCCAUUGAAAUUGAGAAAGAGGUUAUAAAACUUGGAGAUGCUAUGUCAACAAAGAUGACAAUCUUACAAGAAAAGGCUGAAGAUAUUGGGAAUAUGGCUGGAAAAUCCUUAGAUAAACAACAAUUAGUUCUAGAUGGACAAUCCAUGGCAUUGAAGAGUCUAAAUUCUCUAUCAGAGUUUCAAUCCAAAGCAAUGGAAGAGAGCAGAAAAUCCUUUGAGCACUUUGCUGAAUAUGGACAUAAGCAACAUGAAGAGUUGAUUCAGAGGCAGAAGCAGAUUCAAGGACUUCAUGAUCAUUUAAUGGAGAAUUCUAAAACAAUAUUGGCUGCUCAGGAAUCCUUUGAAUCAAAGCAAGCAAGCAUGUUUCUGGCUUUAGACAAGCUUUUUGCUCUGCACAAUGCAAUGUUGCUUGAAUCGCGAGGAAUCAAGGCUUUCUUCGUCUAUUCCAUAUCGAGCUUUGUCAUCUAUAUGUUAACUAGUACAAAACAAACAUACAAUGUUAGGCCACGGUUAUACAUAGGACUUUGUGGCACAUUCUUCAUUGAAGUAUCCAUUUUUCGAUUUGCUUAUGAUAACAUUGAGCAACAAACCUUGAUUGUGAAUAUGGUUAGAUCAUUCUUCAUGGCAGUUGCUGUAAUACAACUUCUAUAUGCAGUUUUCACAUACAGGGAUUAUGAAAAAUUGAACCAUGAGUUGCUACUAACUCUGGUUGAAAAGGUUAACGGCAUGCAAAUGCAAAAAGAGUUGUUGGAUGAAGACAGUGAUAUAGAUUGGCUUCAGUGGAUAAACACUGAUUUAUCAGAUGAUGAAGAUUGUCUUGAUGAUCCUAGCUAUACAAUUCCAGAACAAAUUGGAGAGUAUUCAAUCACAUCUUCUUCAGAUAUGAGAUAUAAUCUCCGUCGACGCAGUCACAGUCGCUCACCUUGA